GCAUCACUGAUUUGAAAAUUUCGAAUUUAUCGCGCGACUUGCUCGUCGGGACAGCAUUCGAAUCAAUUUUGAGGCAAUAACGAUUGCAGAUAAAUUGUCGAACUAAAAAAGCUGUCUUGCGAUUUCGAGUUUGUCGCCAGCGAUAGUUCUAUCGGGUAUCAAAGGUUGUACUGAAGUUGAUUGUGGUUAAUUAACGUUUGUUAUCAACGAACUUCUGAUUUUCGGUCUACCGCCGCGACAUCUAGUGUCGGUCGCCCCUGCUGGGUCAAAGUCGUGUGCUUACCGCAUAUCGAAUAGCAGGGAUCCGGGGAGUAGUUCAGCCCAGGUCGAUUUCGCCGGGUAGAUAACUUCACCUUGGAUGUCGGUUCGCCCCCCUUAAACCACAACAAAAGUUUUCGACUUUUAGGUCGAAAGAAGGAAUUACGUGCUUGUGUACAUCCGUAGAUGUGGAUCGUGUAAGUGCAGUGACAACCCCGAAAAUACAGGAGGUUUACAAUAAGAAUCUGAAUCAAAGCUGAGAGUAUACCUAUCGCUAUAAUGCUACGGGCCGCAAUCUUGAAGAAUGGUUGGACGUCAGCACGGGCUGCGACUAACCGUUUAUCAGUCGCAGGCAGUGCCCCCAGCCGGGCAAAGAGUAGCUAUGCCUAUAAUGGUCUUGCAGGAGGUACCAUGGGAAAGGUCUUCUUGGGGGCAACAGUUGUCGGAGUUGGCACGCUUGGCUAUGCAAGGAUAGAUGCUGGGUUUGCGAAGACACUAAAAGAUGCCGUACCUGCGAUCGAACCAGUUCUCACAGCUCUGGGCUGUGACACUACAGGAGGCAGUAUUGCGUCGUCGUCUAAGGGCAAACCCGCUCCUGUCAAAGGGACGUCCUCAGAACAGUCAUCUCUCUUGAAGAGCAAGCCGAAAGUAGAAACACCAAAAGAUCAGGAACUUAAAAAGUCAGCCAGAAGUGGGGACCAGUCUGCAAUAAUGGAUAAUGACGACACUGUUAAAUCUGCGUCGGCCACAGCGGGCGAUUCAACAAAAGAAAGAGAACUUCGCCGUCAAAAGCAGAACUUCAUUCUGGAACAAGCUCUUCGUGAUGCUGGGACCAAUGCUGAACGUGCAGCCGUUGAAGCUUCCUCGGAACUGGACAUUGCCGCUGAAAGGACAGAAGAUUAUGCAACAAAACUAACGCGAGCCCUUGACGAGGCUGCUGGCAGUGACGAUCAUCACAUGUGGGUGGCUGCGAACGAAGCCAAGGAAAGCCAGAGUGCUUCUCAAAAGAAGGCCAAUUCCAAAAUGGCAGAUGCUAAUAAGGCACUGCUAAGGCUAGAAGAGACUAUUCACAAGGGUCGCGCUGACCCCACUACAACCGACAACAUAAAUCUUGACCAGGCUGAACGGAAUCUGACUAAGCUGCGAGAGAAGAUUGACGGCGCUUCGGCACGGGCUGAUGAAUCGCUUAAGAAACUUAACCUUGCUCAGAAGUUUAGCGCGGGCAUCGAAGAGGGAAAGAAACAACUCAUUGAAGAGGUUAAUGCACUCUUGCCACAAGACCGAUCAUUUGCUGAUCUUAACAAGCUAACGCCAGAAGAUUUGAACGUACUGAUUUAUCAUGCACACAAGAAAAUUCAGUCUCUUCACCUUGAGCUGACCCGUAUGCAGCUGAGUGACGAUGAAAAGGCUAAACAAUUCCGGCAACAACUUUCGGCUCUUGACAAAGAGAUCGGACGACAAAAGAGCGAGGUAGCAAAAUUGGUUGCAGAAAAGGUCAGCGAAGAAAGAGAACAAUUUGAACUAGAAUUACAAAACCAACUCAGAAGGCAGGUCGGCGUUCAUACAGAACAUUUGAAAGAGGCGCUCGAAGACCAGCGUGCUGAGUUGUUUAGGAAACAUCAGUUUGAUACAGAAAAAGCUCGCGAAGAGGAACGGUCACUGCAGGUUGCCCGUUUGGCGGAAGCUGUCGAUCUACUGCAGAAGAUGGAGGCAUACCUCAACGCCAGGAAACUACUUGACGAGGCGUCCAAGAAGGCCAAAUCUCUUUGGCUCUCUUGCGCCUCGCUAAAGCACAUUCUGGCUAAAGGUAUCACGGAAAAGCAAAACACACCACAACCGCUUGCUGCAGAUAUCGUUCCACUACGUGAAGUAUCCGAAUCUUCCGAAUUUGUAAAGGUCGUUUUGUCCACGAUUCCUGACGAAGCUCUCAAGCGUGGGGUCUACCCCGAAGUAGUCCUCAAGGAGCGCUUUUAUAAGGUGGAAACUGCUUGCCGUCGCCUUGCACUUAUGGAGGACCAGAAUGGUGGCGGCCCAGGUCGCCACUUGCUUUCCUACUUGAUGUCGUUCUUCAUGAUAUAUCCGAAAGCGGUGCCCCAGGAAGAGCUGGACAAAGAACAAAAGGUUAACCCUCUUAUGUGGGACACUUUGGAUAUUCUUUCCCGGGUGCGCGCUUCACUGCAAAAGGAAGACCUGGAGCAGGCGUUGCGUUACGCCAAUCAGCUGAAAGGCCAACCUCGGCAAGCGGCAAAGGAUUGGAUUCACGAACUGCGCCUUCUUCUUGAAACCCGCCAGGCAGCGAGCGCUCUCAUGGCAUACGCGGCCGCAACUUUUGCCCAAGAUCAGCCGAAUCAAUGAAUGGGGCGUUCGAUACGGGCUACUGAAUAUACGUUCAACGCAGGAAUGAAUGCGGCUAGGUGUCGGGGUUUAGUACUCGGAAGCUAACUUAUUUUAGAGAAAUAGGCCGGUAUUGGUUGGUACGCAUGGAGUAAAUAAGCAUAUAGAUUAUUUUGACAAUUCUGCUAAAUUUCUUACGAGAAGCGUUAGAUAAAGUAUUGAUGAAGGCAGACAUAUGUCAACGGGUAGUGAAGCUGGAUUCUGUAGACACGGCUAUCGGGCCUUCAUUUUUCAAAAAAGGUGACGCCAAAUGGAAUCGUAAACGCAUGUUUAUAUUGGAGUCGUAAAUGUACCGACGUUGUCUUUAGUCUGGAAUGGAUUACCAAGGAAUGACUGACGAAGACCUCAGUUAAGUGGAUGUUGGAAGGAUUUUGAAGUAGGGCGGCCAACAAUGUUGGCACUUGCAGUACAUGUUCAGGCAUGAGCCUGGGAGGAAAUCUGGACAGGGCAAUAGUAUAAUAAUCGGUAGGAAUGUUUUAAGCAGACAAUACGAGAAAAAGGUGGUGUCGUGGUCAGAUUUCUAAUUAAAAAAUGUAGAAUAAGUAAUCUGCUAAGUUAGUGCCGAUUACAUAGCAGAUGUGUGAUUGAUGGGUGGGUGUGUGUAGAGAUAUACUGAAGAUUGAAUCCGCUUAUACGCAUAUGAUCUAACCGUAACUGUCAUGUCGCGCGGAUAGGAAUCAAAUAGCUAAUGGACGUUAGGAUUAAGGCCAUGGAAAUGUAAAUGACACAAGUGCUUGUUG